CCUGCUAGUGAGAUCUUUUAAACCUAAAGUGAUUCAGGGUAAACCAAAUGAUUCUAAAUUACUCUAAUAUAUCUGUGACAAAAAAUAAUAUUCACAGCUAGAUUUACGAAUGUCAAAACAAUUAUUUGAAUGCAAAUUUAUAAAUUACUACUGUUGAAGCUCGGCCAGUUUUGUGAGUUGUUGUGUUUUAUAAUUGAUUCACUAGUUAAAUUGUGCUUUAUUUUGUUUAAUAGCAGGUUCAACUUACCCCUAUAGAGUACAGUAGCGGGGGUUUGUUUUCACGAGGUUUUUUUUUCUGGGCAAUAUCGGCGAAAAUGCUCAAUAGAUUUUUGGAAGCCAAGACUUGAAAUUUCGCGUCUAUACACAAUAACAAUUUGUAAAACGUAACUAACCCUGUUUUAGCCUAUAUGAAUAUAUAAUACAAAGAAUUUGUGGAAUAUAUUACUUACAUCUAUUAUUCACAUUGUUCCUAACCUCUUUUGGAGUCUCAGUAUAUUUUGUGUGCGUAGUCUGUACUCGCGCGCCCUCUACUGCCCUGUAGGAAAACUACUCGUAAGUCAUCUUUCUUACCAUAAAAACUUGGCACCGAACGACCGCCCGGCGUCUCCAUCCCGCUGGAAUCUCAGGAAUACAAAGUUCUUAUCUCGCUCCACACGUUGCUUGUCUGUGACUAUUAACAAACAGCAUUGUGUUCGCGUGAGCGAGCGGGCGGGAGGCGGAGAACGCGAGUAUAUAAGCGCUUCUGUACAAGAGUGUGCUCGAGACUCCAGAAUAAUGCAUUGAGAAGACAGCAGCUUAAUAGUGCAAAACUGAAGCUUUUUAACUGGUUGCGAAUUUAUUGGACUAUCACCGUUUGUGCCACAUCUGGGACUUGCAUAAGAUUAAAUAAAAUGGAUUUGAGGAUUAUUUUUCCAGUGUUGUCCAUGCUGUCAUCUGGAAUAUUUGACUUUGCUGCUCCAGCAUCUUUGGGUCAUGGCACAGCACCAGGCACGUCAAUCCCUGCCCACCACUCCAGGACUAAGAGAUGUUCUUGCGCGAGUUUUCUGGAUAAAGAGUGCGUCUACUUUUGCCACCUGGACAUAAUAUGGGUCAACACACCAGAGCGAACAGUGUCAUAUGGACUUGGAAACGCUCCACGGAAGAAGCGCUCAGUCACGGAACCUGUUGUGCCCAAGUCACGCUGCAAAUGUGCAGAUAGCAAAGACAAAACAUGCUCUUCAUUCUGUCAAGCGAACAAUGCGUUACGGUAUAAAGCAGCGUCAGACAAGGCGAUCCAUGCCGCCCAGGGCCACGAUUGCGCCGAGAAGCAAUGCAAACACAAGCUGGCAGACGAACAGACAAAGAUUAGACGGGUGAAAAACACAGAACAGACUGGUGAUGUCCUCUCCAGGGUGAGGGCCGUCAAGAACAUCCAUCUUCUCCUGGAGAAAUGGCGAGUAAGGCAAGCACCACAGGCCACGAGCGAGGAUGUCUGAAAAUGCUGCAUCGUAGAGAUCAUCCUUUUGAGCUUCGCUGAUCCACUACAGGAUUUACCUGAAUAAGAAGCUCCUAUCUACUCAUUCUUUGCACAUGUCAUGCAAUCUGGUGUCAUCAGGUGUGUUGGAAUACCUGCAGAUGCAACCGUUUUGGAUUGCGGUCUCUGUCAUGUGGUCUUCACUCUCGGGGCGUGUCAGCAUCGGUGUGGAGCUCAACGGGAAGAAGAAUCAAAUCUGAUGGAGAUGUUGACUGAAACAAACCAAACCUCAAAUUAUCAAGACUAACCUCUACCAACUCUUCUGAGCUAGAACUUUUGGUGCAUGGGAUUAGUCAGAGAAGCCACUGUGUCCUCCACACGGGACGCUUAAGAUUAAACUGAUCGCAAAUAAAGACUUUGCAUUGAAGAUACUUGUUGCACAGGAGGAAUAUGCUGUAACAAAUUAAAACUGUGGACUCCAGAAACCCAAAGUGGGGUGUGAUGCCCAUCCAGACACUACAAGCCAAAGACUCUGGUGGAAGAACGGCUCUGGUUCUUGUUACUGGACUUUAUACACUGUAAAACAAUGAAGCUCUGCAAUUGCAUCAAUGGAAAUGUUAUUUUUUUACAUUUAUAUUAAAUAUCUUUAAUUAAGCCA